AUGUCUGGCACCAUGAAAAUUGUAGCUCUUUCUCAAAGUCAGAACGACUGUGAAAGGAGAAAAACAAAAGCCAAGGCUCCACUUCCUCCGGCUGAGACAAGAUAUGUGGAUGUCUCUUCAGUUGAUGAUUCUGUAGAAGCCUCUUCUUUCAUCAUGGAACAGAAGGAAAACGUAACUGAUAAAGACAUUGAGCUUACAGUGGUUUUGCCUGGUGACAUCAUCAAGUCCACCACUGUUCAUGGCAGUAAGCCUAUGAUGGACUUGUUGAUAUUCCUGUGUGCACAGUAUCAUUUAAAUCCAUCAAGUUAUACAAUCGACCUGCUGUCAGCUGAGAAGAAUAACAUUAAAUUUAAGCCAAACACACCAAUAGGAAUGUUGGACGUAGAGAAAGUGAUUUUAAAGCCAAAAAAUUUGGAUAAGAAGAAACCUAUACCUAUAAUACCAGAGAAAACUGUGAGAGUAGUGAUCAAUUUUAAGAGAACACAGAAGGCCAUAGUGAGAGUGAGUCCACACGCGUCGCUUCAUGAACUCGUGCCUACCAUAUGUAGCAAGUGUGAGUUCGACCCAUUGCACACACUGUUGCUGAAAGAUUACCAAUCUCAGGAACCCCUUGACUUGACAAAGUCACUGAAUGACUUGGGACUGAGAGAAUUAUAUGCCAUGGAUAUCAGUGGAGAGUCGUCUCAAAUAUCACCAAACCUAGAUAUUAUGAAGGAGAAAGAAACUAAGGGAUUUUUUAGUUUUUUUCAACGCAGCAAGAAAAGGCGUGAGCAAACUGCCAGUGCUCCUGCAACGCCUCUAAUCAAUAAGCACCGCCCAACUUUUGUGAGGUCGAGCACCGUCUCCAGGCCGUAUGUGUCCAACACCCUGCCUUCGGAUGCACCCAAGAAGAGGCGGGCCCCGCUGCCACCCAUGCUCACAUCGCAGGUUGCACCCCAGGACCUUGAGCAGCCCCAGGACAAGGCAGGCUCUUCUGUCGUGAAGUCUGCAGGUGUGGAGGAAGCUGAUGAGAGUCCCCGUGAAGCAGGCCGAAUGAGGACGGGCUCACUGCCACUCACCACCACAUCUGAAGGGAAUUUAUCUUUGAAAAGGACCAAGCGGAAAGCACCUUCCCCACCCUCCAAAAUGCCCCUGACUCAGAGUGAUGAGAACGGCCCUGCAACUGCCCUGCAGGCAGUAGACGGAGCUUCCGCAGACAGCGCUUCAGAAGCCACCUCUCCUGAGAGCCUCCCCAGCCCAGAUUCUACUUCUUUGGCAGACGGCUGCCUUGGCGCUGGGCUCUUCCAUCAGGAACAGUGCACCCCGCCCAAACUGCCUGACGAAACCUCUUUCUCUGAGGGUCGUGGAACCCCCGAGGCGGCUGUAGCAUCCUUGACAUCUGGAAUAAGCUCGGAUUAUAGCCUUGAAGAGAUAGAUGAAAAGGACGAACUGAGCGAGGUGCCAAAAGAUGAGUCUGAAGACUUUUCUCUGAAGUCACCGGACAGCUCUUUGGCAUCUGCUGACCUAAUGAGCACGCUGAGGACAGCCCUGGACUCGGCGCUUGGCACUGACAUCGGAGAGGCCUCACAAAGCUCCCCGGGGGAAACGCAAGAGGCUGCCCCCACAGAUGGACCAGGGUCACACGGUGUUGUCUACAAUACAAGCAAAGAAGAUACGUUAGCUGAUGGUGUCGGGAACUUGCAUUCCCUGGACCCAAAUCAAAAAAAUGUUCAAAAUGAUAUCAGUGCCCUUGCAACAAAUACAGAAGAUAAGAUGCAAAAUAGCAUGAGAAGAACAGAAAUCUGUGUAGAAGAUGAAGCCAGAAGUAGGAAUGGAAAUGUGGAAGUUGACAAGCUAUUCAAGUGCCAGGCACCUGAAGCUGCGAGUUUCAUAAGUUCCAAGGAAAAUCCUCGAGCAGUGGUCUCAGAGCCAGAUCAAAAACUGAAUCAACACAGAGCAGAAAAGUCGAAAAUGCAAGAUGCAGCAAUUCAGACCACCCCUUCCCACAGCAGCUUUGAUGGGAAUCACCAAGAUCAUAAUUUGGCUGACUUCAAAGUUGAUGAAAGUGUACAAACUUCAAAUAGCAAAUCAACUCAACACUCGUCCUUAAGCUUACAAGAGUCUGCAGCUGUCUCCAGCAAGUGGAGAGGCCAGGGCACCCUAGCUGUAUGCUCAGAGGAUAGACUUGCCAGAAAAGACCCAGUUUAUGCCUAUGGUAGUGAUCGGUCAUCCCCUCUAGAUGGAACUGAUAGAAAUUCAGCUGUUUCUUACCUGCAGAAUUCUCCACUUUACAGACAGGACUACAGCGCUAAACCAAAACCUUCGAAUGAAAUUACAAGAGAGUAUAUACCCAAAAUUGGAAUGACGACCUAUAAAAUAGUGCCUGUCAAAUCCCUGGAAAUACCGAAAGACUGGGAGUCAGACACCGAAGUGUUUAAUGAUGAUCACAAGGCCCCUACUUUAGGACGAAAGCACGCUUCCGAGAAUGUGAAAGAAACUUGCAUGCAAACGGAGGACGCUGCUGCCGCUGAACGCCCCACGGAGCGUGUGCUAGCCGCCACACCCAAAGCCAGCUCGAGAACCGAGCAGCAGUUGCACAGGGCCUUGAGCUUUCCCGACGGGGUGGUGAGCAAGCCUCCGAAACCUCCCAGAAUGGCUGGAGACACUAGCACAGCUCCUUUCGCACCAACUUUGGAAGACAUAAACAAUAUUUUGGAGUCAAAAAUAAAACCUCAGGCUUCAAAUCCCCAGGCCAAACCAAAUUCCUUUUUCCUGCAGAUGCAGAAGAGAGCAUUGGGCCACUAUGUCACAUCUGCAGCUGCCAAGAGCACACACACUGGACCUAACACUGCCUCCAAAGAGCUCCCAAGUAAAGAUGCAGAACAGGACACACUGCCUUCUCCAGCGCAGACUCUUUCUCCCUUAGGUAAAGCUACCCACCCUGCUCCGCCACCUCAGGUCAGAAGCGCUGAGGAUGCGGUCCUCACCCCGAAGCCGGCUCCUCCCCCCAUCGCUCCCAAGCCAGCGCCUCCUCCCUCCACCCAGCCAGCGGCAGUGAAUCUGAAGACUCUGAAAACCUUCGGUGCCCCCCGACCCUUCUCCACUUCCGCUCCUUCACCGUUUGCCCUGGCUGUAGUGAAAAGGUCACAGUCUUUCAGUAAGGUGCGCAGGGAGUCCUCCAGCGAGGCCGAACCUGUUCCACCUCAAGCCAGUGCAGAAGGCGGGAAGACGUGCGCGACCUGCGUGGGAAAUAAGUUUCCCGACACCCAACAACUUGAGGUGACAGAGAAUCAAAAUAACUCUGCACAUAAUGAACAGAACUCUCAAAUGUCAACUCCAACUGACUGCCCAUCAUUCACCCUUAAGAGACAAAGUUCCUUAACAUUGCAAAGCUCUGACCCAGAGCAGAUCCGACAGAGUUUGCUGACUGCAAUCCGCUCUGGAGAUGCUGCUGCCAAACUGAAAAGAGUUACCGUUCCAUCAAAUACAAUAUCUGUGAAUGGAAGGUCAAGACUCGGCCACGCCCUGUCCUCCAAUGCCCAGGAGGGCUGUUAAGUGUGGCCCCACGUACGCCAUCUCCUGCUUCUGCCUCCCGUACUUGCUUCACGCCAAUGGAGAAUGUGGGCAAAUGUAUAUUCAGAUGUACACUAAUAUAUUAUCUGUUAAAGUUUGAGAUUUUAUGCUAUGGCUAUUAUGCCAAAAGAAGAAUUAUUAGAAUUUAUAAUUUAUAAUUUGGGGGGUUUUUCAUCGUAAAAAUUAAAUAUGCUGCUGUAGAACUUUAACACAAGCUAUAAAUGACUUUCAUUGUUUUUCAAAUGAGAAAUAAUUACCCUUUAUUGAAGACACACUCUCUCCAGUGGUGACUUAAAGUAUAAAUGAAGAUUUAUAGACUUUUCUUAUGAGACACACCAGCAAACAGACCUGACACUUACUGCCUCAGUGUUAGUUUAAUUGGAAAUGUUUAUGUUACAUUUCAGGCUGUUUUGUGCUGAAAGAAUGAUCUAGAAAUCAGCGAUAUCGAUUAAGUAUAUAAAUUUCAAUUAUUUUCAUCGAUGAAUCAUUUAGCAUACAAGAUUAGUUCAUUCUUUUUAUAAUUACAGAUCAGUGUCAAAUUUAGAGGAGGCAUAUUUUAAUACUGUAUUAACAUGAACACUUGGUGUUUUAAUCUUUAGAGUAUAAGUUGCACAGGAAAAUUUUAAGUAUUUUCUGUACAUAAUUAUGACACUGACACACAAAUAUUACUUACUUUAUGUGCCAGAAGCCUUAAAAAUCUUUCUGUGAGAAUAUUGAUAAUAUUGUACAAUUAUUGCACAUUUGAUAUGUAGAAAGGAAUAGUAGGCGUAUAUUCAUAUUGGAAAACUUUAUUAUUUGGAAGUUCCAGAAAUUCUGGUUUAAUUCAAGUGAAAUGAGAAGAUAGUCCUGAUGUUGUUCAGAUGCUAUUAUUCUAAUUUACUACACAUUUACAUGAACACUCAAAUGGUGAAGCUACACAGCACCUAAUUUGGCAAGGCCUAGAGCUUUUCGGUAUCUUCUCUCUGCUUCAAGAAUUUAAUUUCUCAUUUAUUUUAAAAGAUACUUUCAAACAAGCUGAUAUGAAGUUGUUUUUCCCUGAAGCUGUUGGAAUAUCUGCUGCUUUAAAAAAUGUGAUUUCCCCCUCCUGCUUAAUAAAAGCAAGUUAUAUAUUUGGA